UAUUUAAAACACUUCAUGUCCCUUUGUGGGCCUCUUUUUCGUCAGGACUGUAAAUGCAAGUUGUCAAUUUUAGUGGGCCCAUAUUUAGUAUACUGGAAGUUUGCCCUUCAACAAGCAAUGUCUGCUGUGCUAGGGAUUUUAUCUCUUUAUCUCACCUGUGCAGCUGCUGCAUCGAGCUCACAUUGGGGAUAUAAAGGAUUAAAUGGACCAGAGAAUUGGUACAAGCUGUUUGACAAUGCCUGCUCAGGACUCAGCCAGUCACCAAUCAAUAUAGAGAGGGAGAAGGCCAUCUAUGACCCCACCCUCAAUGACUUCGCCCUUUGGCACGACCCCCCUCGCCCCGGCUCAUAUUUCGAUGUCACCAACAAUGGACACACAAUCCAAGUUGACACCGUUGGGCCAUUCUAUGUAUCCAAUGGGGGCCUGCCUGCAGUAUAUAGCACCGCCCAGUUUCACUUUCACUGGGGGCACGAAAACGACCACGGGUCAGAGCAUCUGAUUGAUGGGAGGGCCAGUCCGUUAGAGCUCCAUGUUGUCAGCUACAAUUCGGAUGAGUUCGACUUAAUAUCAGAAGCCAUGGUUCAACCUCAGGGAUUAGCAGUACUCGGAGUUAUGUAUGAAAUAGUGGAUGAAGAUAACCCUGCCUUAGAGCCCAUUAUCAAUGCCAUGAACACUGUCAGAGACCCUGGUGCUAAAGUAAAGGCUCGAAUCGAUGCCCAGGCCCUGAGGAACUUCCUCCCCGAGGACACUUCUAUGUACUUUAGGUACAACGGCUCACUGACCACACCAGGCUGUUUUGAGAGUGUCAUUUGGACUGUGUUUGAUCAGAAACAGACCAUUUCCCACAGACAGAUGAAGAUGUUCCGCACCCUUCUCCAAAAUAAGAGUAAACAAGGGAGGAAGAAGAGGAGUCUGACUGAGCAGCGUGAACAGGCAGCCGAGGAUGUCCUCGGAGAGAUAGGAAUCAAAGGCAAGGUCCUUGAGGAGCUGUCUCUGGAACUGCAGAUGGAGAAAAGGCAGCAGGAGCAGGCCAAACAACAAGAAAGCACCAUCAUUAAGGAAUACAAGAUGACGCAUGGCAUGAGCGAGGAUGAACCGGUCAAGUUGGAGGAUAUCCCAGCAUCCUUCAUUCAGGAGGCCCUGUACGAUAACUUCCGACCUGUACAGCCCCUCAACAGUAGAACAGUGUACUCUUCAUUCAAGAUUGAGCCCUCCAAAAAACCUGUAAAAAAGAUUCCUUGGGGAUACAAGGGCAAAAAAGGUCCCUCCAACUGGCAUACACUGUCUGAGAACUCUUGUCUGGGAAUGUACCAGUCGCCUAUCAACAUAGACAGAGAGAUGACCAUCUACAACCCAGACAUCAACAACUUCAUCUUCUGGUACGACCCUCCUGCUCCCAAUGCCGAAUUCUAUGUUUUCAACAAUGGCCACACAGUACAAGUGAACACAAUUGGACCCUACUAUGUGGCCAAUGGAGGACUGUCUUCCGUCUACAGCACUGCCCAGUUCCACUUCCACUGGGGAGCAGAGAAUAGCUUUGGCUCAGAACACCAGAUUGAUGGACAGAGUUUCCCUCUUGAACUUCAUGUGGUGAACUAUGACUCAGUGAACUAUGCUUCCAUCAGUCAGGCUUUGACUGAGCCUGGUGGUUUGGCUGUCCUGGGAGUUCUCUUCAGGGUAGGUGAUGAGGAUAACCAAGCCUUAGAACCAAUAAUUAAUGCCAUGAAAGCUGUCCAAGAUCCAGAGGAUCAUUCUAAGGUGAAGAUUCCGGCCCAGGCGAUCAAAAACUUCCUGCCUGAGGAUACCACUAAGUUCUAUAGGUACAACGGUUCACUGACCACGCCCGGAUGUUUCGAGAGCGUCAUUUGGACUGUGUUUGAGGACAAACAGACUUUAUCUCACAGACAGAUGGAAGAAUUCCGUAAACUUUUACAACAUCGAGUUGAAAAGGGGGAAAUGAAGAAACGGGAUUUGUCUGGUGGACAGCGGAAGGCAGCUAAGGAGAUCUUGGUGGAGGCUGGUAUAAUCGGGGACUCAAAACAAGAACGGGAGCUCACACAGGCACUCAGGAAGAAGAAGGGUUUUCCCCAAAUGAUGCAAGAUCAACCAGCAUUAGAUGAAGAGAUUAAGGCCAACGUUACAGUAGAGGAGAUCACCAUAGAAAUUGUUCAGGAACAACUGGUGAACAACUACAGACCUGUUCAACCAAUCAACAACAGGCUCAUCUACCGAACAUUCACGUACGAACCAAAGAAGGAAGUUCGUUACGUUGUACGCUACGAUUCACAAAAUAAGAACCUCGCUAUUUCAUCAUCAGUGCCAUCUUUUAUUGUUUUAUUAACAUGCGUCAUAAUUUCAUUGUUCUUUAGAAAGUAAGAUAAUUAUUAUAGUUUUAUUCUUAACAAAAAAAAAAUUAAGGAAGAUUAUAAAAGUUUGAAUGUGUUCAUGUGAAAGAAUAUUAUAAUGGAUAGAGUUGGAUUUCUUACAUGUUUGAGUGUUUUUAAAAAUGCAUGUCAGGUUUUAGAAUACAAAUUUUACUUGUGGUAGCUUUUAUUCAUGAAAACUUAUAUUGUUUGCAUUCCUUGUGAUAACAUUGCUUGCCAAAACAACAAAUUGCUUUCUCAUAACAUAUGUUGUACAAUAAAAACAGGUGUGUUUUUCUGCAGCUACUACCAUCAUAUUUUUUUUAAUUAUUGCUGGACAUCUGUCAUUACUGUGGUCAAACACAGUUGUGACAAAAUAUUCUUUUUUAUCUUUUUAAUUAAAAUUCAUGCCACAAAUGCUUUAUAUUCAUAAAUGUACAAAAAUGUUUAUCAAAUAUUGGUGAAAUGAUUCCGUUACCUGGUAAGGAAAUUAAUAUUGAAAUAUACAGCAAAUACAACUACUGGUCAGCCUUGGAACGACCAAUAUACCUGAACCAAUAACAAGGCAUCGGAUGACAAAAGAUUGUUAUAAUUGCAAUAUAGCUUUAUGGCUGAUAUGCUGUUGACAUUGUAUCACAUAAACUGCUGGCCGGGUCUCUAAUUUGCCUUUAAUGUGUAUCUCCAUCAACUUCUAACUAGAAGUAAUUGAAUUAGAUGAGUUGAUUGAACUUGUCCUGACCAUGGAUUGGCCCAGCUCUUCUGGACAUUGACAUGGACCUAUACAUUAUGAAUGCAGUCUCACUCUGUGCUAAAUUCGGCCAAAGAUGAUGGGAAUUUAUUGCUUGAUUUGUCACUUAAUUAUAUUCAUAUGAAACGAAUCAAAUUUUUACAUACGAACAGAGUCCAUUUGAAUUAAACAUGUAUAGAACAAUUUCUAUGCUAAAUGGAAUGUAUAUAUGUUUUAAGCUCAUCUUUGUACAAAGAAAGACUUUAUUUUUACAAGAAUUUUUUUGUUGCAUUCCUGAUAGAAGCAAUCAAGUUCAUUAUUUUAUGGCACCUAUUUGUAGCACCUGUAGUUUGUUUACCUUUGUUUGUGUCUGUUUUAUCGAAUGUUCAAUAAAUUAUUCAGGAAGA